GUCAUUAUGGGAACCGCCGCAGCCAUUGAUCAAGGAUCGUUUGGCCUCUCUAAGAGCUCCUUGAACAGCGCCGCCAAAGGACGCCAGGAUACGGGUUGCGAUACGGACUAUCUGCAGAUUCCCGGAGCCCAAAGAGACGCUGAACCCGCUGCUGAAAUGUUUGUCGUGGGAUCGAUCGCUGCUUUUGUUCACAGUCGAAUCUGUGGACGAUUCUUCAGUUUCACCGAUGCUGCCCAAAUCGACGGGGGAGUGGAUAACACCGAAUCCAUUUGUACUCAACAACGACCCUUCCGCGUGAUUUUUAAAACCGAUGGAGAUGAGGACGCCAUUGGCAUCUCAUCCGCCACGGCCAAUGAGCAAGGGCAACUUCCAGGGGGGAUCAUUGGAUUCCAUCUCAAUUUUGCGCUGCAGGACUGUUAG